UUGACGUAUUUGCUUCUUCUUUACCUGUUGCGGCGAAAUCGAAAUUUAAUGAUGAAUUAAUAGAAAAGAACGAAAAAAAGCGAGUGAAAAUUCAUCUAACUAGUGUAUACCAUUGUUGUUAAACGUUACCAUGAACAGACGUGAGCCAGAAUACCCCGUGGAGUUGGAAUCUCAAUUUAUAAUGAGGUUACCGUCGGAGCCAGCUAAAGCCCUUCGUGAGCUUUUGAAAUCAGGGGAUAAUUUUAAAAACAGACUUUCUAUUCAAUUAGAAAAUGAUAUGAGGCAUGGUGAAGUACGCUUUGACCACUGGCUGCUUCAUGCAAAGAUCGUAGAUUUGCCGACUAUUAUUGAAUCACUGAAGACGAUUGAUAGAAAAAGUGUUUACAAAACUGCGGAUAUAUGUCAGAUGAUGAUAUGCAAAGAAGAAUUAGACCCUGUGACUACGGAGGAUGAGUCACCAAAAAAGAAGAAAGAUCCACUUAAAGUUGAUAAAAAAUACCUUCAUCCUCACGGCAUCACACCACCAACGAAAAACAUAAGAAAGAGGCGUUUCCGGAAGACUUUGCGCAAAAAGUGCAUGGAAGCUCCUGAAAUAGAAAAAGAAGUAAAGAGACUUCUGCGCGCUGACAAUGAAGCUGUCAGUGUCACAUGGGAGGUGAUCCAAGAGGAAGAUGAGGUUAAACAUGAGCCCAGUGCAUCCACAUCAACCAAAUCUGAGAAAACCAAAGCAAAGAAGGAACCAAACAUUAAACGAGAUGUGGCAGAGAGCUCAUCAAAGGUCGAGGACAUAUUUGGUGGUGCCGUGAGUGACAGUGAUGCUGAAGAUGAUAAUGUAAAUGUUGAUGUAGAUGACAGGCUGUCAUCUUACGAUGAUCAUUUCUCGGACACUAAUUCCAUUUAUGGGGCAAGUGACUUUAAAGGAGGAAAUCUUGCUACUCAAUUUAAACCUGAAAUGUUUAGCUCCACGCCAGGAGUGAGUGAGCCACAAGCAUCAUCAAGUCACCAAAUGGACGUAGACAUGAGCAGUCAGGAGCAAUUUUCGGUGGAUGACUUCUUGCAGUCGGAAGACAAGAGUGGUGUAAGCUACAAGUUGCAACAAAUCAGUGCGGAGCUUGAAGAGUUGAAGCAGCGCCGCCAGCGCACCCAGCACGAGAUUGCCGGGCUGGAGAACCAGACCCUCCGGCAGAGGUUCCAGGACAUCCUGCAGACACUCAACCAAGAUAUCAUGUACAAGGAAUUGGAAUACCAGAACCUGCAGAGGCAAAAAUAAUUAUUUAAGUAACUAAAAGUGAGAAUGUAAAGCUUUGUAUGGUAAAAGUAUUUAUUCAUGCAUUUAAUAUACUUAAUAAACUGGUAGCUGUUGACAAAAAGUGUAAUAACUAACUAACUAAUUAAAUACUAAAUAAUUUAUAUGAA